GAUCUAUUGUCUAUAUUAUUAAUAAAGUUAUACAAUUCAUAUAUGCAUAGGUCAAACAGUAUGUGAUUCACAUACGCGCAUGCGUGUAUGCGAUAUAUAUACGAUGCGCUAUGCAUAGAUGAGUAUAGUAUCUUUGUAAUAAUAAAGUAACUCAUAAAGUGCUGUAAAAUAAUGAAGUGAUCAUUAUAAAUAUAACAAUAAAAAUGGAUAGAAUGAACAAAUUGAUAUCUUAAAAGUUAUUAAAUCAGAAUAUGAUUACACAAGUUGUACAGUAAGAGAAUAGGUGCAAAAAGAAAUACAUAGAUUUAAAUGCAAAAUAUGUUCAAACUAACAUAGCAAAUCGCUUCGCGUAGAAGAACGGAAAAAAGUUCAUGUUGAUCUAAAGUCAUAUCAGUUAUUUAAAUUUUAAAUAAAAUAUGUUAGUAACAUUAAUAAUAUUACAAAUAUAAGAUAUUAUUAUCUCCCGUUGUUAACGUGUAAUCAACCUUAAAACUUUCAUCCUUACGAACUUAAAUGAAAUAUGGAACAUAACCAAGACGACAGGGUUUGAUCUAUCUCUAUAAAGACAAAAAUAGAAGGCACUUUUAUGUUGUUCAGUUUACACGUACGUGUACAUCAAGUGAAAUGAAUAAUCUGAUACAUGUUCGUAAUAUUCGCAAGGGAUGGCUGAAAAGGAGGCAAAGAUUGAAUACGUGACAGAACCUUGCCCUAUUAAACCUCGUAAAAUAGGCCCACAGAAUAUAGUAUUACGCCUGAAACGUCGAGAAACGUUUGGCUGCUCUUAUCCAGGAACACACGUACACUGUGCUAGACAGUUUUAUCAAAAUGUAUUUCCAAAUUUCACUGUUAUGAAUGUGGAGAAACCUCCAUGUUUCCUUAGGAAAUUCAGUCCUGAUGGUCGUUAUUUGAUAGCAUUUAGCGCAGACCAAACUUCUAUAGAGGUUUAUGAAUAUCGUGGUGCACCUGCAGCUGCCGAUUUAUUAGCAAGUUGUGAAGGCGAAUAUAUCGGUCAUAAGAACGACGACUGUAGUUUUCAAAUUAGAAGGAACAUUUUUAGUCGAUUCUUUAAGGCUAAAUGGAUUGUUAAUGUGGUUCAAAGUAAUGAACAAUUGAACAGAGAAUGCAGUUUAUUUACAGACGAUAGCCGAUAUGUAAUUGUUGGUUCAGCUGCACAUAUUCCAGAUGAAUUGAGACCACAUUUUUAUCAGAUUUAUUCUAACAAUGAAGCGCUGACUCCAAAUCCUAGAUCACCUCUUGAAGAUUAUAGCUUACACCUUGUCGAUUUACACGGAGGGAAAUUGUGUGAUACUAGACAUUUUAAAGUAGAUAAGAUAUAUUUGUCUCAUAAUCAAGGCCUUUAUCUUUAUAAAGAUAUAUUGGCAGUACUGUCUGUUCAACAUCAAACCAUUCAUAUAUUUCAAAUUCUUGAUGGAAUGUUUAUCAAUGUUAGAACAAUAGGAAGGUUUUGUUUAGAGGAUGACGCAUAUUUGGUGAGAAGUGCAUGUCCAGGAGUGAACUGUCGUCCGUUUAGAGAUGUCAUAAUAAACUGUCUUAAACAUAAAUUAUUAGUUUAUUUGUACAAAAGAGCGGCAUAUAUUAGCGCUACAAGAAAGGAUCCAUACGAGUUGAGACGUUUUUAUCAAUAUUUUGAUCAAUUAAACGCGUUACGAAUGUGGAAAAUGCAGUUGUUAGAUACAAAUCAUGUUCUUGUAAGAUUCGCAAGUGAAGAAGUGGCGACGCUUCAAGCAAACGAACCUAAUGUACAACCUGCACUUCUGGUAGUUUAUGAUAUGGUCACUGCUAAAAUAUUAGCUGCAUAUGAUAACACGUCCACACAAUUAUUAACACAAUUUGAAAACUUCAGUGAUUUCUUCAGGAAUGCUAGAAUGAGUGGUGAUUGUCAGUAUAUGUGUUCUCCAUCUAACAAUAUAUAUGCAAGAUUGUUACAACAGAGAUUUAAACAAACAAUAAUAAGUGCCAGAUACGGUGGUGUUACAGAAGCUACGAAAAGAUUACUUGCUCAAUUGCCUAUAUGCGCUCAAUCCUACUCUAGUUCUCCGUACCUUGACUUAUCCCUAUUUUGUUACGAUGACAAAUGGGUAUCUAUGAUGGAGCGUCCCAAAGCUUGUGGCGAACACCCUAUACGGUUUUACGCUCGUGAUUCUGGUCUUUUAAAAUUUCGAAUGUACGCGGGAAUGUUAGGUCGUACAACACCUACAGCUGCGAGACGACUAGUUGCAUUUACCUUCCAUCCAACAGAUCCAUUUGCUAUUUCUGUUCAACGAACAAACGCAGAGUACAUCGUCAGUUUUCAUGUUAGGCACGUUUAACUUUUCAUCGAAGUAUAUCAACGUAUUACAUUUUCCCGAUGAAUACGAUCUCGUUGUACAGUUUCAAUAAUAAUCUUAACUUUUCCGAACUGAUGGAUUAUUAGAAAA